AUAAUUUCUUUGACAUUACGAUCCCACUUAAAGUUAUCUUGUAUCCACAGCCCUAACAGCUUUGUUUCUUUAACAAUUUCAAUUACAACGAUAUGAGACUUUCAAGAUAAGACCAGCCGUGGUAUUCUCCAGUCAGGAUUUAAUUGGAAAGAAUCAAUAUGGCUGCUACGUUCUUAUCGGUCCGUUAUCGUGUAUUAGUGUUUAUUUUGUAUUCAGUGACGUUUCAAUAUUUGUUGCUAUUUCGUUUUGUUUCAACUGCUACUGAUAACAGAUUCAAAAAAAUGGGCUUGGCAUUCGUAGUUUUGUUUCAGACGAAUUCGAGAUUGAAAAUGGGUUACUUUCACUCUCCGUAUCGCUAGAUGAUGUUAUUGAUGUUGAUGAGUUUUGGCUGGUCGACUUUCAACCAUUUGAAUUCAACAAUAUUAAUGCAGUUGAUCAUAUGGGGACACUUGUGUCAUCGAGAACUGGAACGUGCAGUAAUGUAUUCACCGAUGGAAUGUACGAAGAAUACUUUACUGAUAAUUUUAACUUUUUAAACGAUAAUUUGUUGAAUUCCAAACUGUUCACCAACACUAGUAUUGGCCCUAUUAUGAACAAUAUUGAAAAAGGGUUUUCAUUUCGUCGGAACAAACUCAGUUACCAUGGAAGCGCCGCCACCCUUCUGAAUUGUAUGCGGUCAGAUGGCUCAUCGGCGUGGACAUCAUCUGACGUCACUCGGUCGGAGAUUGAGUUCAGGACCACGUUAUAUUUUUCAAACAUUCGUCCAAUGAGCAUCCAUCGUAGCACCAAGGCUGUCUCCUACGUCCAGUCUCAUGUAGUACUAAUUUGGCGUCUCUAUCGAAAUGCGUUGGUGAAUUCAGUAUUUGCGUCAACUCUGGAUCCAUUAAUGUUACCGGCUCCUCCCCAACAGCCCGAAGUGUAUCUUAACUCUGCAAUAGUGUCAACACCAGUGGACAGAACGCAUGCGCCAAUAGUUGACCAGAUGGAAGUUGAUAUAGAAUUCAGUACCGUUCCACCGUCAAGAAAGUAUGUUAUGGUUUAUGAAGAGAAUAGUAUUGAAUAUAAACCGCAGAGCAAUGACGCACACACUUUAUUACAUGUAGUUGAUGAACCGCUUUAUCACCACGAAGCACCCAUGUGUCUUGGAAAUCAUGAAGAUAAAAAGUGUAUGCAAACUUGGAACUCUAAAAUAAUUCUUCAGUUGAAUGAUAUGCAAAAUAUACAAAGUGGAAAGCAGCGAACGUAUAAUGGCGAUUUAGUGGCGACUUUUUCAGUCCACGAAUGUGCGGAUGUGGAGGACGUCACCACUUGUAAUAUUAAUUCCAGCUAUCGAAUUAGCGUCACCAUUAGUCUGGUAUUGCAGUCUGUCUUGACGUUAGUGGACGAGUCGCGUGACGAGGUGUCACUUCACGUGGUUGCAAUUCAUAGUGAACGGCAGCCAAUCCCAUUCAAUCCGUAUGGUGUUACAGGUCAUCUCGAAAAGGCUGGUGUGUCAGACGGUGACAGCAUUACACUAGAAGUGCAGUUCUCGCCCACAUGGUUGCGUUCGCUUUACCGUCUCCAACUGAUGCUUUUGGUCACGUGUAUCUGGCCAGUAAAACCUAAAAUGGGGUGUGUGGCUGCACGUCCUUAUCAUCGAAAGGUUCAUUUCAUCGAUCCAGAUUACCACUCAUAUUUUGGCGGUAAAUAUGAUAGCUACAGACUUCACCAUGAGGCUGGAAAAGGCGCAACUAUUAACCAUUUAUAUGACGAACAAGCUAAUUUGCAUAUUUCAAAAUUUGAUCAUGUCGCUUUGACAGAUUAUGAUGUUCUGUAUACGGUCACAGCAAUAUAUAGAUUGGUCGAAAGACAACCGAUAAAAGCACCGUAUGGAUCACAUCACAGACGCAAAAGGAAUCCCAAUGGUCAAAUUAAAACUUUCAACAGUAAUUUCAAGAAAGCCCAAAUAACUAGCAUUAGUUUCUUUGCUGAAGGCUGUGUAAAUGGUCUGGUAUUCGACAAUAAAACAAGGAUUUGUAUAUCAUCGUCUGACGGUAACGGCGAAUAUACGACUUCGACAAACCAGCAUGAGCGUAUAUCAAGUUUUCCACCAAACCUCGAUGUUGACAAUUCGGCAGCUACUGCUUCAGCAAGCUUUGUAACAAUAUUUAUUGCCGUAUAUUUAAACAUUCUAUUUUAAAAUGUAUUCAAUGACCGAUUUUCAUGAACAAAACGUUUAUUCAAAAUACGAGAUUGCUGAAUGUUUAGCAGAAUUUUAAUAACAAAGUGUGUGUAGUAAUAUUUAAUAAUUUAACUUAUAUAAAAUCUACAUUUUAAUAUUGUCUUAAUAUUGUAUAUCAGUGUCAUGGUGUUUUAAAAUAUUAUAUAGAAAUGACUUAUUAUAUAUUAUACAUAAAAUUAGAUAUUUUAAAUAUAAAUGUGUGUAGUAAAUAAUCGAUUAAAAUUUCACUGUAGAGCUUUUUUUCUUCUAGAGAAUAUAUUAUAUCAGUGUAUUUUUGUUUUCAACAUUAUAUAUAUAGAUUAAUAUCUUUAUCGAGUAUGCAUGUGUCCGUUUCAAUGUACAAAUAGUUGGAUAUUCUUUUUUAUGUAUAUGUAUAUAAGGCUAAAUUGUAAUCGUAACAAAGCAUUGUCUGUGAAGAUGAUUUUAAUGUCAGUCAUCAAAUGUCAUAUGCACAUAUAUUUAUUUAUAUUUACGUCUGUUAGUAUAUAUUUUAUACAAAAGAUUCGUUUAUGUGAUAUAAUUUAUAUUAAUGUUUAGUGAAUAAAUGAUGUUGAAGGAAAUAUA